UACCCCCGAUGAGGCGAUAAGCAAGAACAGUAGCAAGCGAGGGCAUCGAGCUGACCGUCAGACCAUCGCAUUUUCUCGACGCCUGACAGCACGAGCUGUCCAUCGGAAGCUGCGACAUCGCAGGGAAGGAGACUCGCGGUACCAUCCGCGGCGAGGUCCUGGCACAUUUAUUUUGGCUGGAUAGACUUAGCUUGUUUACUAAGGCUUCCUGGAGAUUCCAAUGUCCUAGCAGUUGCCGUGGAUGAUGUUCAUUUGUGUUCAUUUACUUACGGUCUUGUUCAGGGCAAUGGCAACAUUAGGAACAAUUGAGCCUCUGCAUGCGAGUGACCUGUAAGGACAGGAAAAAUGGUAAGGAAAGGCUCAGAAGUGUCAGCAAGUAAAAGCUAUCCCUUGAGAUCCUCGCAUAGUAGCGGCAGAGUUCUUCGCUCUGCUUUGACCAAGGAUAAUAAGGCAUGUAGUGAUCCUCAAAAUGAUAGUGCUGCAGCCCAAUCAGCUGUGAAAAAAAGAAAAAAUGGCAGCCCGUCGGUUAGCCCCAACAACAGUGUCAGGAUGCUUCGCUCUGCGUCAAAAAAUAAGAAUGAUGCAUGUAGCGAGCCUUUAAAUGACAAGACCACUGCUAAGCCAGCUGCAAAGAAAAGAAAAAAUGCCAGUCCCUUGCAGGUGGGAAGUCCCAGCAACACCGUCAGGGUGCUUCGCUCUGCGUUAAAAAAUAAGGACGAGGCAUGUAGCGAGCGUACAACUAACAGGACCGCUGGUGAUCCAGCUGCAAAUAAAAGAAAAAAUGUCAGUCCCUCAAAGCUGGGAAGUCCCGGUAGCAGUGCCAGGGUUCUUCGAUCUGCCUCAAAAUAUAAGGAUGAGACAUGUACGGAGCCUUCUGUUGAACCAGCUGCAGAUAGGAAGAAAAUUGCCAGUCCUUCUAAGGUGGGAAGUCCCAAUGACACUGUCAGAGUGCUUCGCUCUGCCUUAAAGAAUAAGAACGAGGCAUGUACUGAACCUCUAAAUGAUAGCAUUGUUGGUCAACCAACUGCAAAAAGAAGAAAAAGUGGCAGUCCGUUGAAGAUGGCAAGCCCUUUUAGCAGUGCUAGGGUGCUUCGCUCUACCUCAGAAAGGAAGAACGAGGCAUUCAAUGAGAUUUCAAAUGAUAAUACUGCUGCUCAACCUGCUUCAGGGAAAAGAAAAGGUAGGACACCUUUAAAGACAGAUAGCCCGAAGAUUGGUGUCAGGGUGCUUCGCUCUGCCUCAGGAAAGAAGAAUGAGGCAUGUAGUGAGCCUGUAAAUGAUAGUACCUCUGCUCAAACAGCAGUGAGAAAAAGAAAAAGUUGCCGACCCUCGAAGGAUCGCAGUCCCAAGAAGGACUAUGUAAAAAUUUGUCAAAGAGUUAGAUAUAUAUUGAAUCGAAUGAACUAUCAACAAAGCUUUAUUCAGGCUUAUGCCAGUGAAGGUUGGAAAGGUCAAAGUUUGGAAAAAAUAAGACCAGAGAAGGAGCUUGAACGAGCCAAAGCAGAAAUCCUACAAUGCAAGCUAAGAAUCCGGGAAGCUUUUCGGAAUAUGGACCUUGUUUUAUCCGAAGGGAAGCUUGAAGAAUCUUUGUUUGAUUCUGCAGGAGAAAUUUCCAGUGAAGAUAUUUUUUGUGCCAUAUGUGGUUCAAAGGAUGUGACUUUACAAAAUGACAUCAUUCUUUGUGAUGGAGCCUGUGACAGAGGGUUCCACCAGAACUGUUUGAAGCCUCCCUUGCUAACUGAAGAUAUACCUCCGGGUGAUGAAGGAUGGCUGUGCCCUGCAUGCGUGUGCAAAGCAGACUCUAUAGAUGCACUUAAUGAACUCCAAGGAAGCAAACUCUCUAUUCAUGACUCGUGGGAGAAAGUUUUCCCUGAGGCAGCUUCACUUGCAAAUGGUUCUAAACAAGUUGUUGCUUCCGAUCUGCCACCCGAUCAUAUAGAGGACAGUGAUUACAACCCUGCAUUGGCUGAAGAGGACAUGAUGAAUGAAGACAGGUUUUCUGCAGAGGAUGAUCGCAAAGGGGAUGACCUUGGUUUGCCUUCGGAGGACUCAGAGGACGAUGACUUUGAUCCAGCAGGUCCAGAUUCUAGUGAAGACCAAAAAUAUGAAUUGAACUCAGAAGAAUCAGAUUUCACAUCCGACUCUGAUGAUUUUUGUGCUGAGAUUGCUAAAUCUUGCGGCCAGGAUGAAGUCUCAGCAUCUCCAUUAUUAGAUGUGUUAAACAGUACUGGUAGAAUGAAAAUCAGGGCUGUUGGUAACCAGUCAAAUGAAGAAAUAUCCAAUCAUGCAUUUAUAGACAUGGAGCUAGAGCAAGGCACGGUGCUACCAAUUUCAAGUAGGCGGCAGGUUGAACGGUUGGAUUACAAAAAACUAUACAAUGAGGCAUAUGGAAAAGAAUCAUCUAAAUCAAGUGAUGAUGAAGAGUGGUCUGGAAAAGAACUAUUAGAAGGCAGCGAAACAGAUUCACUUGGUGAGCAACUUCAGCCUGCAAAACGGUGCUCUAGAAGAGCACCAGCAGGGCAACAGAAUAAUGAACAUACACCACAGAGGGAGCGGCUUCGUGGUUCUGAAAGUGAGCAGCAAACUGAAGUUCUUCGCUCCAAUGGCAGCAGUAGCACUGGACGGAAGUUUGGUCCUAUAGUAACCCAGAAAUUGAAGGUACAUUUUGAGAAAGAUCCAUAUCCUGGUCGCGUGACAAAAGAAAAUCUGGCACAAGAACUAGGAUUGACAUUCAAUCAGGUCUGCAGAUGGUUCUCUAGUACUCGUCAUUAUUCAAGGGUUGCUUCUGCCAAGAACGAAAAGCAUCAGGACAACCAUACUAGUGAGAAUAAUGACAGCACAAAUGCGGAUAGCAUGCAAACCCAUGCUGGGGUGAUGGAAAAGUUGACUGCGGAUAGAAGUGUCAUUGUUCCUGAAAAACCGACGAUGCAGAAUAAUCUUAACCAAUGUAACAAAGAAGAUAUGCCACUUUCUGGAACAGAAAUUGAGAUGGAGUCGUAUGGGCAAGAAUCAUCAGACUCGAGUGAUGAAGAGUGGUCUGCAUUUAGCACACCACGGAAGUCAAGAUUACAAGACAAUGAAACAGCAUCACCUGUUGAGUCACUUCUCCCUCCAAAACGGUGUUCUAGAAGAACACCAGCUAGAGAGCAGAAUAAUGAACAUACUCCUCAGAGUGAGCAGCUUACAGGUUCUGCAAGUGAGCAUCGAACUGAAGUUCUUUGCUCCAAUAGCAGCAGUAGCAAAGCCUCCAAACAUCAUUUUGGUCCUAUAGUUAGUCAGAAGCUGAAGGCACAUUUUGAAAAAGAUCCAUAUCCUAGUCGUGCAACAAAAGAGAGUCUGGCACAAGAGCUAGGACUGACAUUUAAUCAGGUCAGUAAAUGGUUUUCUGCUACUCGUUAUUAUUCAAGAGGUGCUGCUGCCAAGAAUAAAAAACAUCCGGGGAAAAAUACUACAGAGAAUGAUAAUAGCUUAUCCUUUGAUGGUGUUGAAGUAAGAGAACCCAAUAUCGUGUUGAUGGAAAAACCGGCUGCAGAUAUAAAUGACACGAUUUCUGAAAAAUUGAUGAUCCAAAUUAAUCUCAAUGAAGAUAUUGAAGAAGAUAUCCCACCCAGUCAAUAUACCAGGUGUGAAGAGAGAGCUACUAUGACUCCCACUGCCAUCUCAACGGAAGUUGGCCCGCCGGGAUAUGGGCCUGGAGAAAACUUUCUUCAGGUCAGUUCAAGGAAUACUAGCUGUGAGCAGAAUGUGAUAAUGACUCCUCCUGCCAUCUUAAGAGAAGUUGGUCCACCAGGAUAUGUGCGUGGAGAAAACCAGGGCAAUAAUGCUCCAAGGAAUAUGAGCUGCGAGCAAGGAGUGUUUACGAGUCCUACAACUAUCACAAGAGAAAUCGGUCCUCCAGGAUAUGGGCCUGAAGAAAACCAAGGCAGUGGCAUUUCGUGGAAUAUGAGCUGCGAGCAAGGAGUGUUUAUGAGUUCUCCGACCAUAUCAAGAGAAGCCGGUCCACCAGGAUAUGGAUCUCGAGAAAACCAGGGCAGUGGCACUUCGUGGAAUACAAGCUGUGAGCAGGGAAUGUUUAUUAAUCCUGCAACCAUCUCAAGAGAAGCUGGUCCGCCAGGAUAUGGGCCUGGAGAAAAGCACGGUAAUGGCACUUCACCGAAUACGAGCUGCGAGUUGAGGAUGUUUACAAGUCCUACGACCAUCUCCAGAGAGGUCGGCCUGCCAGGGAAUGAACCUGGAGAAGACCAGGACAAUGGCACUUCAUGGAAUAUGAGCUACAAGAAGGGAGUAUUUCCCACAGCCAUAGAAGUUGUUCCUCCAGGAUUUGGGCCUGGAGAAAACCAGGACUAUGGCACUGCACGGAAUAUAAGGUGUGAGCAGAGAAUGUAUACGAGUCCUACGACCAUUCCCAGAGAAGUCGGACUGCCAGGAUAUGGGGGAGAAAAUCAGAGCAAUGGUGCUUCUUGGAGUACGUGUUAUGAGCAGGGAGUGUUUACAAGUCCUACGGCCAUCUCAAGAGAAAUUGGUCCUCCAGGAUAUGGGCCUGGAGAAAAUCAGGGCAAUAUUACCCUGUGGACUACAAGCUGCAAGCAGAGAAUGUUUGCUAAUCAUACGACCGUCUCCAGCGAAGGUGGUCCGCCAGGAUAUAGCAUUAUAGAAAACCAGGGAACUGGUGGUUCAAGGAAUAUAGACUUGGAGCAGAGAGCAGUUGUGACUCCUGGCACCAUCUCAAGAGAAGUCUUUCCACCAGGAUACGGGCCUGGAGAAAACCAGGACAGUGGCGCUUCAGGGAAUGUCGGGAGCCCACAAGGUAGGUCUGCACAGAAGGUCGAAUUUUCAGAUGAGGCUCGGAAGAAGGCUAUACAGCGGGAGCUGAGGAGGAGACAGAAGUUCAGGUGAUCCUCAUGGUGUGAACAAUCUGAUGCAGUGCAACAAAUUUUGACCCCGAAUCACUUAAGACUGCAGAUCCUGUCUUGCUGGCUAAAUGAGUGACGACCUUGGCUGUUGAGAAGCAAAACCCUUGUUGAUGUUGUUGUAGCAGUUGCGUGCGUUCCUCUUUAGAGACUUGCUUUGGCAUGUCAAGAAUUUCUUAUGUGAACCUGAAGUAUUUAAACGUGCUGUAAAUCUAUGCAGUUUCCUCUGUUGUACCACGGCUGUCAUGUUAUCUGGGUUGACCAGCAAUUUGACAUUGCUGGAAGGGUCAAAUAAUGCUUUCUGUUUCAGAAAUUCACCAUUGCA